AUGAAUCUUCGUGAACAAUUUUCUACAAAUAAAUAUGCUGCCGGUCGUUUUAUGCAAUUACCUACUCAUAAUAAAAUUCAAGUUGAAUAUGUUUGGAUAGAUGGAAGUAUUCAAAAUGUUCGGUCAAAGACUAAAACUGUUGAUUUUAUUCCCAAAAAAGUUGACGGUAAAUUUAUUUUUAAUAAAUUAAUAAAAAAAAUUUUAGAAUUGCCAAUUUGGAAUUUUGACGGUUCUUCAACAGACCAAGCAUCUGUAGGCCUGUUGCUAUGUUCAAUGACCCUUUCCGACUUGGAAAUCAUAAAACAUGCCUGGUUUGGAAUGGAACAAGAAUAUACACUUUUGGAUGUCGAUCACCAUCCAUUCGGUUGGCCAAAGGCUCCUUUUGGAUUUCCUGGACCACAAGGACCUUAUUAUUGCGGUGUUGGGGCUAAUAAAGCUUAUGGACGGGAUAUUGUUGAAUCACAUUAUCGUGCCUGUUUAUAUGCUGGGAUUACAAUUUCUGGAAUUAACGGAGAAGUAAUGCCUGGACAAUGGGAAUUUCAGGUAUUGAUAUGGGUGACCAUCUUUGGUUUGGUUGCUCGUUAUCUUUUACAUCGUGUAGCUGAAGAAUUUGGUGUUAUUGUUUCUUUUGACCCAAAACCUAUUUCUGGCGAUUGGAAUGGUGCCGGUUGUCACACAAAUUUUUCGACUGAAAAAAUGAGAAAGCCUGGUGGUUAUGCUGAAAUAUUAAAUGCUAUUGAGGCCUUAUCAAAAUCACAUCAUGAACAUGUUGCUAGUCGAUGUUCUAGUGUACGUAUUCCUCGUCAAACUGAAGUUGAUGGAUAUGGAUAUUUUGAAGACAGACGUCCUUCUUCUAAUUGUGAUCCGUAUUUGGUAACUGAUGCUUUGGUGAGAACUUGCUGUUUGGGGGUUAAAAAGUUGAGUCGUUCAUAUAUUCCUCAAGAUGCAGAGGGUAUUCGAAAAAUGAUAAAUGAAUUACGCAGCGGAAAGAUACAGGAAUAA